AAUAAUGAUAACAAUAAAAUUAGAUGAUACAGGAAAUGAAUGUCUUAAAUUCAGUAACACCAUGUUAGUUCAUAUAUAUAAAGUCAUGACAAUGACGAAGUGAAAUUUUUCCGGAUUGGCCUCUGCAAGUGGCAUUGGAUAUUGGGAAGCAGUUGAUAAUCGAUUUUAGAGAUGGUUAAGUGUGAAGCUGCUCGCCAUAUCCAUUGACUGCCGUUAAAGAUAUAGUCAGACACUUCUAAAGGAUAUAAUGAAUCGGCCAAGACAUUUAUCGAAAUCGGGCAACAGUCUGUAUGAGUUAAUGGGUGUUGAGAAGUCUGCACCACAUGAUGAAAUCAGAAAGACUUAUAGAAGGUUAGCCCUGAAAUAUCACCCAGACAAGAAUCCGGAUGACCCUGAGGCAGCGGAUAAGUUUAAAGAGAUCAGCAGGGCUCAUAUAAUUCUGACGGACACCACUAAGAGACAGAUCUAUGACGAGUAUGGGUCGCUGGGAAUCUGGGCAGCAGACCAGUUUGGGGAAGAGAACGCCACGACCUACCUCUUACUGACCAGUGGCUGGUGCAAGGCUCUGUUUAUUUUCUGCGGAGUGAUCACAGGUUGCUACUGCUGCUGCUGCUGUUGCUGUUGCUGUAAUUUCUGCUGCGGUAAAUGGAAGCCACCGAAUCCGGAGGAAGACGGAGAAUACGCAAAUCUGCAUGUACGUCGUGAUGAAUUUAGCAGUCCAGAAUCAGGCUCACCUGAGCAUGUCGUAACCGAGCAACCUAAGAUGGGCGGGGAUUCCCCCAUUGUGUUGGGACCCCCACCAGAGUCUAGCAACGAGUCUACAAAACUAAACUAUGAUGAAAAGGCCAAAUACGGAGCUAGUCACAGUGAUACAGACUCUCUUUCGCACCCUCUAGAACAAGCAGACAGACAGUCAAACCAUGAAGAGGGUUUAGAAAAACCUAGCUAGAAAGCAAAGUACGAAUAGUCUCUUUAAAUUGUUUUGGAAAAUGUUCACCAGUUUUCUUCAUAUUUUUGUUUUCUUUUUACAUGGACCAAUGUUUGUACAUGUAUUAUUUACCGGUAUUGUAAAACCCAUGUUACUGGGCUCAACUAUUUAUAAAUAAUAGGGUCUGCGAGGACCAGCACCGAUUAUGGUAAUACUUGUAUUGGAAGCUGUACAUGUUUAUAAAGAAUUAAAGAGACAAGGUGCUGACAAAUUCAGCCAUUUAUUGGGCAAUCUGUAAAACCUUACUUUAGUAAGAUUUUGACAAAGUUUAGUGCAUACCUCCAUUUUAAAUAAUUAAAUGAUGGAUAGGUUGAUAUGUCAUGGUUUAGAUAUAUCAAAAACAGUUUGUGUAUGUAUUUUGUAUUUUUUCAAUCUAAUGUAACGGUAGUUAUGAAUACUUUUUUCCUAACAUUGUUAAAUCCAUGUAUUUGUUUGAUGAUGCCUGAACAGAUUAGGACAAUCAAGGGAAAAUGUGUCUUGAUAAUUUGAAUAUAGCACUGCUAAAAUAGAAACUUAGGGGUACCAUUUUACAUAGAUACAAGAACAGUUAUAGGUUUUAACAUAUUUCAAAGUCAAAAAAAUUUCCAGAAUGGAAACCAUUAAGCUUAAGAAAAAUGAAAAUGAGUAAAAUAAUUCAGUGGCUGGUUUUGUUUUAACAAUAAUUAUUGUUAUGAAUAUUAUUUGGGAGUUAGGCUGUCUAAAGUUAAUUCUAUGUUUAUCAUUACCCGCGCAUAGAUUUUGGAGAAAUUGUUGUUUCAAAAAAACAAACAAACCCCAAUUUUUAGUUUUAUUUUUUUUUUCAGUUAGAUUUUAUUUUUUGCAGCUAAAAUACUGCAAUCUGUAGAAAUUUGAACAUUUGGGGCACGUUAUUAAUUAUACAUCGAUACUUAAUGGGAUUGUCUUUAAAACUGAUAGGAAAGAUCAUUAAAAAGUUAAUUUACUAUAAGCUUGAAUGCGCUCACUGCAAUUGUUUUAAUAUAAAUGGAAAAAAAUCAUUAUUGUUGAAAUUUUUGUUUGUUGAAAUGUUAUUGCCCUCACUUAGGUUUAGUAUUUUGAAGGUGACGUUAAACGUAGAAUUAAUUUUGGGCAGCUUCAUUUUACUUUAAACUAUUUUGUGUAAACUUCACCAACAUUCAGUGCUUUGUUUGGUAAUGCCACUUCAUGACUAAACAUUGAUUGCUUUUAAAAGUUACUUAUAAGUGAUCAAUUAUUCUGUGUUGUAAUUUGAUUGAAAAAGUGAGCUCAAUUCAAUUGCAGCAUUUCCCCCCCACAUUCCAAUGUUUUGUUAAUUUACAAGAUCCUUGACAUUUUUCUCAAUUUUAUUGGAUGUUUGCAUAUAUACAUGUACAUUUGUAAUGAAGUAUUGCUAGUUUCCCUUUGUACAACUUUGUUACCUUUUUCGACUUGGGCGCCCAACAAAUUGCUAUGUUGAAAGCUUUGAUAUGAACACAAACUGUUUUGUCUAUUUAUAACUUCAUUGGAUAGAAUAGGAACAUUAUAAUUAAAUUUCAACACAACUUUCAAUUUACAAAAAAGAUGCACAUGCAUGCAUCAAUAUAGUCAUUUUUCUAUAAUAUGUAAUGUUUGUGUAAUUAACAAAUAGAACAAAAUGUUAUACCUCAUAAAAUCUAGAAUUAGC